AUGGGAACUGUCAAAGCAGGAUACCUCAACAAACUGAGUAAGCUUUCUUAGAAGUGGUCGUUUGGAAGAGUUAUUAACGUAAAAUCGGUAUAGUAAGCCAGUCUACCAAUUUUCUUUCUAGGCGGAUUUUUCAAGAAUUCGUGGAAAAGAAGGUACUUCGUGUUGUACAAAGAUGGCGUGUUCUGUUAUUAUCAAGAUGCAAAAGACAAGGAAUGCGAUGGAAAAAUCCACAUGAAAACAGAAUGUCGACAAAUUAAAGUGGGUCAUGCUGUUGGAGAAGGCGUUAAACCUCCGAAAGACAGUGAAAUAAAUUCGAUGUUCUGUGUUUCUUCACCUGAAAGGACCUGGUAUCUCUACGCCGAAACAGAGAGUGAAGCCAGGUAAACUGCGUUUGUUUUUUACUUGUUUGGGGUAGUGAACGGUAAAUAAUCUGCGUAGAAAAGUCCUGUUCAUUACAAUUCCCUCUUAUCAGACGAGAAUUAACCACUGGAUUGGUUCUACAAGCUAGGGCUGUUUGAUGCCCGAUUUUUACUUGCCUAAAAAAACUAGAAGCGAGCGAUUCUCGUUUGAAUCGGCUUCAAUUGGUGAUUACCCCAUUUUAGACGUAUGCUGAAUUUUUGUAGAGAUUCUUUUUGUUCCCUAAACGAAAUUCAGAUUAUGUCAAUUACCACUUCAAUUUUUACAUAUACAUAUAUAUAUAUAUAUGUAUAAAUGACCUUGUUUGUUUGUUUUUUUUGUAAUGUAAACUAUAAUAUAUUACAACGUCUUCGCGUGACUAGAAUAAUAGGCUGAUUUGUAAAGGUAACAGGACUGAUUGGGGUCCAAUUCGGUCUGUUAUCAUACGAGUGAUUAACAAAAUCCGGUUUGUUUAAUCACGAGUAUGAUUACAGACUGAAUUGGACGACACGAAGUCCUGUUACCAAUUAAUCAUAACUUUAACAAAAUUUGUGAUACAAUAGGCUAUUUUUUAAACCAAAACACGAGAAAUUCGAAAUUUUGUUUUGCUAGCAGUGCAAAAAGGCAUGAGGCGUACUGUCCUAUUAAACUGUCCAAUUAAGGCUGAAAUCAGGGCAGUUGAGAGCCAAUCAGAUUUGACAAUUUUGUUAUAGUUAUGAUUAAGCAACAGAACGGGAACGUCAGUUUACGACUGCACGCACAAUCAAACAAAUGGCUAGACCAAUAGCAGAGCGGCAAAUUGGGCACCGGAAGUUGUGCGUAGUCCUUUCCGCACACUUUCCCGCCGUCAACUGACGUUCCCGUUCUGCUGCUAAAUCAGCCUAUUUAAGAACGCUUAGGGCCGUCUACAUACAGUCGAACCUCCACUAAGGCCACCUCUCUACAACGGCCACUUUUUUUGGCGGACAGUCCAUACAUUGGCCCUUGUUUAAACCUCUCUAUAAUGGGCACUUUCUUCUUCCCCAAGGUAUCCAUUAUGGAGAGGUAUCAACUGUAUUCACUUUUUCCCCACUUAACGCAAACAGGACGUUUAGGUCAGCCCCCUCCCCCACUCUCCCCCUCCUAUCCUUAAUGAAAUUUUGCUCCUCCAAAAGUUACUGCAUUAAAGAAUGAAUUCUGACAUGCACUUACGUGAAGAUGUGAACUGUAUCAACAGCACAAUUAUCCAACCUGUUCUCUUGCAAAAUCAACAUAACCGCUUUUUCCUGUCAAUGCUUUUGAUUUCCUACUAUACUACAGUAUUCUGAGGUCAAAGUAAGAAUUGCUGGUACAUGGCCGCCAUGUUUUGAAAGCAAACUGGCCAUAAUUUUUGGUAUAGUAAUAAUUUAUUGGUGAUUUAGGAUAGAGUUUAAAAGAUCGCAGUGUAAAAUGUACAAUAAUAUUGGUCCUUCUUUCUCUUAAACAAUGUCAUAAGCACAAUUCCACACAUGACGUAAAAUCUAUGAAAAUGCAUCAGUUUCCUUUUGUCCAAAAAUGCCCCCACUAAUGUCCGCUGCCUUACAGCCUUUCUCCUGAAGCAGCGGCAUCCAGCUGACAUUAAGCGGGGGAAAAGUGAAUAAAUUAUGUUGACAACCCCUUACCAGUAUUACCAGGUCAACCCCUUGAAAGUUACUAAUUUAGGUUAGGACUAUGUGAGGAAUACUUAUUCAAAGAGGGGGUCCAUUGGACUUUCCAGUUUAAAACCAGGUGCUAUUUACCCGGAAGGUCAUGGGUUCAGUUCCUGCUGGUGUGAGGGCUCAGUUCUUUUUUUCAAUCAUUUCUUUAUACAUACUGUAAGCUCUCAAAUAAGGGCUUUGGGUGUUUGUUUCAAAUAUUUAUGGCUUGUAAUGCAUCAGUCAAUUCCAGGUGCACCAAUGCCCCCCCUGGGACAGAGACAAUUAAAAGGCUUAAAAGCCCGCAGUGUGUACAAAAAUAGGAAUGCAAAUGCCUACCCCCAUGAUCAUCAUGUGCAGUGAAUAUUUUAUGAGAACUUCUCUGUAAUUGGUCAGAUUGAAAAUCUUUGAAUGGAUAAAAUUGCUUCGAAGACAUUUACAUCAAUUUGACCAGGAAAACUGAGGUGGCAGAAAUUUCAUAACUGCCUCGCGUGUGAAUUUACAGCUCAUUAUGCAUGCAAGAAUGCAGAGAUGAAUCUGAAAUCUACAGGGUACGCUUGACUGUAACAAAGACAUCAUCAACAACACCACUACAUAUAAUUACUCUUUUUAUUAUUGUUUUGUAGCUUGUUAGUAUAAUAAAUUGUCAAAAUGGUUGCUGGAAAGUUAGCUUAUUUAAAAAGUGAAAUGAUAUUCUACUAACAGUAACUGUGCACAAAACACUGAUGGGUGCAGCUGGAAUUGACUAGUUAUUUCAGUUUUUUAAAUUAGUAGAUCUAAUAAAGUUUUAUUCUUCCACAGAGAAUGGAUUUCAGUUUUAGAACAAGCUAGGGUGCCAGUAUGUACUGAUUUUAUUUUAUUUUCUUAUAUUCUUACAUUCACUAUUAAAACAUUGUAAUCAUGCAUGUUGGCCUGUUUAAGGUGUUUUUCCAUGCUUUACUGUAAGUCUUUGCUCUCUGUGGUGAGUACGUAAGUUGUUUUUUCUGCCCUUUAAUCCUCAGCUUUCAUUUGGUGGUGCCCCUAAUCCACCAGGAGCUCCUUCAUAUCCACCUUACAGCGCACCAGGCACAUCUGGAUAUGGCCCUGUACCAAAUGCUGCUGCUCCGUAUCCUCCCCCUAUUGGUUUUAAUCCAUCUGUCAUACAUGGAGCACCAGCUUGUAAGAUGAAUAUUUUUUAUUGUUAUUUUUAAUUCAGAAAUAAAUAAAUAAAAUUAUUUGAAUUAAUUAUGAUAAUUACACAAAUAGUUCUUUCUACAUUACAGUGCAUGCAAUGCAAAAUUUUUUUUUUAGUAUGAUAUGGUAAGAUUAGCUUAAUAUUAUUAUUAAUUUUCAUGUGAACAAAAGCUGAAAUCUGUACACCCCGUGGAUUCAAUGGUCCCAUUGUAAUCUAGAUUUAAAUUGGAACAUCAUCAUAGAUCUGGAAGUUACAAAUGAGAGCCCAACCUACAGCACAUACCCGUAUGGCACAUCCAAGGUGGCAAUCCCCUGUUUCUGAAGUUUUGAAGCCUUUACCACUCUUUUCAAUGGUAUUUGAAAACACACCUGCUAUUGAUUUUAGGUCUAGGGACAUUGUUUGGAUCAUGCAGGCUGUCAUUAAGCACUGAGGGCCACGGAUUUCCCUGGCUACUUUGAACAUGGCCCUUGGCUUCUUUCAUAGGCCAGGGAAAAAAAGGAAAGUUAAACCAAAAGAACCUCUUAACCUAGCCUUCCAAGCCAUCUUACUGACUACUAAUUGCAGAUACUCAGCUUGCAACUUGAAAUCAUAGUGACAACCCUGGGUCAUUCAUCCUUGUUUCAUAAGAAAUUCAAACAACUCAUUUUGAUAGUUUUGUAGUUCUUUCCCCCUCCUUCUUCCUGGGGUCUCCUCUUCCCUUUAAUAGGUACAUGUAAAUAGUUGUGUAACCAGUCUGAAAAUUGACUGACCAUUGUGCAUUUGAAAUCUACUUCCACAGCUGGUCCUCCUCCACCAUAUUCUCAAGGACCUUCACAACCUCAAGCACCAUAUGGACAGCCACCACCUUAUCCAUCAGGUCCACCACCCCAAGGUUAUGCACCUUAUCCUCAGCCUCCCCCUGUACCGCAGCCUAACUACCCAACACAACCCCCAGGGAUGUACCCCCAUCAACCACCAACAGGAUACCAACAGCAAGUUCCAGGAGGCUACCCACAGCAACCACCUGGACAGUACUACCCUACCCCUCCCCCAGGACAUUACCCACAGCAACAGUACUACCCUGCUCAAAAUACAACAUAUGUUCAAGGUGGAAAGCCGCAGACUGUGUAUGUUCAGCAGCCACCCAAACAAAAUAAUGGUCGCAAAAAUAUGAUGAUGGGAGCUGCUGCAGGAGUUGUGGGCGGGGCUGCAAUGGGUUAUAUGUUGGGACACACUGUUGGAGGAUUUGGACAUCAUGGUUUUGGGGGGUGGGGAUCAGAUCAUUCUUGGUCCUCAGGUGGGAGCUUUGAUUGCGACUUUGAUUGA